AUGGCAACCGCCACAAACCCAACAGGUUAUGGGCCCAGAAGGGGACUACUAUUUAACGGCGAUGAAAGUAAAUAUGAACUAUGGGAAGUAAAGUUUCUGGCGCAGAUGAGGCUACAAAAAUUACACGAUGUAUUUGUGCCAGGUGAUAAAGAACCCGAUGCGUCGAGGAACGGAGAUGCUUUCGCGGAGUUGGUACAAUGCCUAGACGACAGAAGUUUGGCGCUAGUUAUACGCGAAGCAAAAGACGACGGGCAGAGAGCAUUGGAGAUAUUGCGACAGCACUACCAAGGAAAGAGCAAGCCUCGAGUUAUCUCACUAUACACAGAACUGACGACGCUCAAGAAAACGGACAGUGAGAGCAUCGUUGAUUAUGUCAUACGGGCUGAAACGGCUGCGACAGCAUUGAGAAACGCAGAUGAAGCUGUAAGCGACGCGUUAUUGAUCGCGAUGGUGCUAAAAGGAUUACCAAGUAACUUUAAGACAUUCUCGGCGAUAGUUGUCCAACGAGACAAGCAAAUGACAUUUGCAGAGUUUAAAGUCGCACUGCGUAGCUACGAAGAGAGCGAGAAAAGUAGAAACGGUAACAGCGAGACGGGAGAAAAUAUUAUGGCCAUGAAGAACGGCGAGAGAUUUGACGGAGUUUGUUUCAAGUGCGGGAAGAAGGGACACAAAAAGUCUGAAUGUUGGUCGAAGUCGGGAAAGAACGGAAACGGGAAGUGGUGCAGUCGUUGUAGAAACAAAACGCAUGAUACGAAGGAAUGCCGAUCAAAUAUGGGGAGAAACGAUUCUGCGAAGAAAGCCGAAGAUCAAGGAAGAACGAAGACUGAGAACAGUGAGCAUACGUUUACAUUUAAAGUCAGUGACAGUAGUGCCUGUGGUAAGAGUUAUAGUAACAAUCUUUUAGUAGAUACUGGCGCUACUAGCCAUAUUGUAAAUGAUAAAUCUAAGUUUAUAAGUUUUGAUGAAGAUUUUGACCCAAAUGCGCACAUUAUAGAGCUCGCAGAUGGCAGUAAGGCUAAGGUUGUGACAGGUAAGGGCGUUGCGAAGGUUAAGCUAUAUGACGUAAACGGAAGUUCUCAUGAUCUAAUUUUAAAUAAUGCGCUUUAUGUCCCAUCGUAUCAACAGGAUAUCUUUUCAGUCAAUGCAGCAAUAGAAGAGGGCGCAAGCAUAAGCCUAGAUAAGCAUAGCAAGAGUUUUAAGAGCUCGGAUGGUGCAGUUUUUAACAUUGAACAGGUAGGUCGUUUAUAUUACCUAAACGGUAUUUCAUCUUCCAAGAAUAAUGCGGGUACAAUUUUAGAGUGGCAUAGAAUUCUAGGGCACUGUAAUUUUUCAGAUAUUCGUAAGCUUGAAAAUGUUGUAGAUGGAAUGAAGAUCACUAGUCAUAAGGAAGUGGAAUGUAAAACAUGCACACAAGGUAAGAUGACCCAGUCGAGAAAUAGGACACCUGAUAAGAGAGCCAAUGCCCCAUUUGAUUUAGUUCAUUCAGAUUUAGCUGGACCAAUUAGUCCAGGUGGUAAGGAUGGUUUCAAUUAUGCAUUGUCUUUUGUGGAUGAUUACUCUGGUGUUAUCAUGAUAUAUUUUUUAAAGCAUAAAUCUGAUACAGUCGAAGCUACUAAACAAUUUUUAGCAGAUAUUGCCCCUCUUGGUAAAGUGAAAUGUAUCAGAAGUGAUAAUGGUGGGGAAUUUAUUGGGCAAAAGUUUAAGUCUCUACUCCGAGAGAACACAAUUAAACAUGAAACGUGUGCCCCAUAUUCACCCCAUCAAAAUGUCACAGCAGAAAGAGCUUGGCUUAGCUUAUUUAAUAUGGCAAGGUGUUUGUUGUUAGAAGCCAAGUUACCCAAAAUGUUAUGGACAUAUGCUGUGAUGGCUUCAGCAUAUAUAAGGAAUAGGUGCUUCAAUGACAGAUUGGGCAAAACCCCAUAUGAAGCCUUAACUGGCAUAAAGCCAAAUCUGAAUAAUAUGCACGUAUUUGGUGCAGUAUGCUAUGCAUAUGUGCAAGGUUCUAAGAAGCUUGAACCUAGAAGUAAGGAGGGGAUUUUUGUAGGGUAUGACAAAAAUAGCCCUGCAUAUUUGGUGUAUUAUCCAGAAAGCAUGAAAGUUGAACGAGUGAGAUGUGUUAAAUUCUUUGAUUCAACUGAAUUUGAUAACGAGAACCGUCAAAUUGACGAAGAGGUUGUCUCACUUCCCCGCAAUACUUCUUACGGUGAGCAACAAACUGGAGCUGAUGAGAAUAUUGAACCAGCUAUUCCACCAGUAGAGGGUGAAGUAAGUAGAGUAAGGUACCCUACCAGGACUCACAAUAAACCCGCUUACCUAAGUGAGUAUGUUGUAGAAAGUAUCACUGAUAGUAGCGCUAAUGUUGCAAUAGAUUAUUGCUAUAGGAUGAAUGACAUCCCAGCUUGUUAUUCACAAGCAGUAAAUUCACCAGAUUCAGCUAGGUGGAAAAAGGCAAUGGAUGAAGAAUUUGACUCUCUGGUAAGUAAUGAAACAUUUACACUUACCAUGGUUCCACCCAACCGCGAGAUAGUAGGUGGAAAAUGGGUGUACACAAUUAAAUCAGGUCCUAACGACGAGGAGACAUAUAAGGCUAGGUACGUAGCGAAAGGCUAUUCCCAAGUCCCAGGUGUGGACUACCAUGAAACAUUUGCACCAACAGCUCGGAUGAGCUCAAUUCGAGUAUUAUUGCAGCACGCGGUGCAAAACGAUAUGAUUGUCCAUCAGAUGGAUGUUAAGGCAGCAUAUCUAAAUGCCCCCAUUGAUUGUGACAUCUUUGUUGAACAACCUAAGGGCUAUGAAAAAGUGGGGGGAAAUGGUAAGAAACUUGUUUGCAAACUCAAUAAGUCUCUGUACGGUCUCAAACAGAGUGGUAGGAACUGGAAUGCAACACUUCAUAACUACUUGGUGAAGGAAGGGUUUAUGCAAUCCCAGGCUGACCCUUGUGUCUACCAUAAGUUUGUUAAUGGUGAUGCCA